AUAUCAUUGAGCAAGAUACAUUAGUCUCUUAUUAUCACUAGGAAAUGCGGACAGCUUAUAUAAAGGGAACGGUUACUGUAGCUAAGAUGUCAUUCACUGUGUCUUGCUAAUGUAAACAAUAACACACAAGAAGACAUUAGCUACGAUUUAGCUAAUAAACACAUCGUAUACAACUAACGUUAGUGUAUUUAGUGUAUUUAUCUAGUAUAUAACUAGAAACUGUGGCAUUAUGGCUUUUUGCAUGUUCCUCAUGCAGUCCAGUAAUCGUUACUCAACGCUGUUAUCAGCAGAUUACAUAUGACAGUUUUAGGGUGUAGCUUAGCUUGCUGUGCCUUCCCACCCUUUGUCCUCAGUGUUAAUGCAGCUUUGACUUUCUGACAGCAGCAUUCAUAUUCCACACUGGUUUGUUCUGUUCCCUAUUUAUUUGAUCGAUCCAGUGUUUUAGGGUUUUUUUCGGGAUGGACGUACUGCUUCUCAAAGAGCCAAGAGAUGAGGAGUCUCGACCGGAUCCUUACAUUAAGGAGCUGGCCUCAUACGGACACAAAGCAACCCUAAUUCCUGUACUGUCUUUUAAGUUUGUCUCAUUAAACACCUUGUCAGAUAAGGUUUUCCAACCAGAAAAACAUGGAGGUCUUGUAUUCACCAGCCCAAGAGCAGUGGAGGCCGUGAAGAUGUGCUUAGAAGCAGAAGAAAGAAGAAGAGAAUGGAACAGCUCUGUGAAAGACAAGUGGAACACCAAAUCCAUCUAUGUAGUUGGGAAGGCAACUGCUGCACUAGUACGAAGUUUGGGUCUGAACCCUUUGGGCGAGGACACAGGGACAGCACAGGUCCUAUCGAGUGUUAUCAUUGACCGAGAGGACACAAAUAUACUACCACUUUUUUUCCCCUGUGGCUCAAUCAAAAGAGAAGUCUUGCCUAAGGCUUUAAGGGACAAUGGAUCUGUUUCUUUCUUUCCAGGAGUGCCCCUAGAGACUCUUACUGUCUAUCAAACAGCUGAACAUCCAGAUCUGGAGAAAAAUCUAAAGAACUAUUUCACAGAGCAGGGCACUCCAGCCAGCAUAGCUUUCUUCAGUCCAUCAGGAGUGAAGUUUUGUCUGGAUGCGGUACGGAGGCUGUCGGGUGAACAGCUGACUCAGAUAAAGUUCGCAGCCAUAGGGCCAACCACACAGGACGCUAUGACAGCAGAAGGCCUGUGUGUCAGCUGUGCUGCAGAAAAGCCAACAGCUGAACACCUGGCAGCAGCAAUAGCCAAAGCUCUACAAUAAUCACCCACAACCUCUGAAAUCCAUCCACUUUAGCUUCCCUCUUUGUAUAUUCUGUAUUAUUUAAAUGUGUUGUCAUUUGUCUGUCUUGUUUUACUGCUUAUUUUGCCAGUUUUGUAUGUACAUCAGCUAAUUUGCACUUAGAAAAAGCAGCACUGUGAAUGCCUCAGAAAUGUAUUGAAUAUAAUUAUAAUUCUAUUUAUGUUAGCUCUAGCUAUGCUUGGUCAGUGAAGUCAAUGAAGUAGCUUUUUUUGAAUUAUCAAUGAAGUAGAUUUAGUUUGAAUGAUCAGUGAAGAAGAUUUAGUUUGAAUGAUCAAUGAAGUUGAAGUUGAAUGCCUUUGAAAAUAAAUUUGAGUCAGUGUGAUUACAUGGAAA